AUGGCGCCCUUGGCUUCCAAAAUACUUGCCUCUCUCACCAUACUGAUGAUGUGCACCACCGCACUCGUCUCAGCCGCUGGAGCGCUGCCAUCACUUGAACAACAAGCAGGGGCACUUCUUGCCUGGAAAGCCAGCCUCAGUCAGCAAAGCCAAGACGCCCUGCGAUCCUGGGAAAACAUCUCAGCACCUUGCCGUUGGCAAGGCAUCCGGUGUGGUGGGCGCUGGCCGGUGAUUGCCGCCAUCUCCCUGCCGGGGAUGCGGCUGAGAGGGACACUUGAGUCUCUUGACUUCUCGGCUUUGAGGACCUUGGUGGCCCUUGAGCUCUCGCACAACGAGCUUGCCGGGAGCAUCCCUGUGAAUAUUAAGCUCCUCAAAGAACUUCGUGCUCUCCUCCUGCAUGACAAUCAGAUAAGAGGUUCAAUUCCACCUGUUUUAGCAAAUCUCACGAAACUGCGUCUCCUAAUGCUCCAUGACAAUCAAGUCUCCGGUGAAAUACCAAGGCAAAUAGGCGAGAUGGGUAAUCUUGUGAGCCUGAACUUGUCAAACAAUUACUUAGUUGGUCCUAUCCCUUGUGAAAUAGGUCACCUUAAGCAUUUGCUUAAAUUAGAUUUGUCCAGCAAUGACCUUUCUGGACCAGUUUCCUUCAGUCCAGCUAACUCAUCCAUACAAAAUCCUAUGAAUAAUUUUUCAUCUCAGCCUACUGCAAAAGUAAACUUAGAAAACAUAAAUAUGCCAUCGUUAUCCCAUAAUAACUUAAGUGGUCCCAUUCCCAAAGAUAUAGUGAAAUUUUUCGACCUACAACACUUGGACAUAAGCCAAAACAACUUUUCAGGUUCUAUCCCAAGCAAUAUAGGUAACCUGGCCAAACUCACUACCUUGUACCUUUACCAUAACCAACUUUCUGGACGCAUUCCUCGAGAACUAGGUUAUUUAGUGAACUUAGAGGACUUGAGGCUCAACAACAACACACUAUCUGGUUCCGUUCCAAGCAAUUUAUGGAAUUUGACCAAACUCGCUACCUUGCACCUUCACCGUAACCAACUUUCUGGACACAUUCCUCUGGUUUUGGGAUAUUUGGUGCACAUAGAGGACUUGCGGCUCAGCUACAACACACUAACAGGUUCCUUUCCAAGAAAUAUGUGUAAUUUGACCAAACUCAAGAUCUUGUACCUUGGCCAGAACCAACUUUCCGGAAAAAUUCCUUGGGAACUAGGUUAUAUGGUGAAUUUAGAGGACUUUCAGCUCAGUUUGAACAACCUAACAGGUCCUAUCCCAAACAGUUUAGGAAAUUUGACUAAGCUCACCUUCUUAAACCUUAAUUUCAACCAAUUUUCUGGACACAUUCCUCAAGAAAUUGGCGAGUUAAUGAAUCUGGAAAUGUUUGGAGUUUCUUUGAACAAUCUAUCUGGUGCAUUGCCAUCGGGUCUUUGCGCGGGAGGCCGACUACAGUUUCUCACUGCUAAUGGCAACAACUUGGUUGGACCCUUGCCAACAAGCUUGCUAAGUUGCAAAAGCCUAGUCAAACUUCGUCUUGAAGGAAAUCAGCUUCAAGGAGAUAUCUCCGAGAUGGGGCUUCACCCGGAUCUUGUCUAUGUUGAUAUCAGUUCAAACAAAUUAUUUGGUCAAUUAUCUCAUCGCUGGGGUGAGUGUUACAAACUUACAAUGCUACGUGCCUCAAACAACAACAUUACUGGAGUCAUACCACCAAGCAUAGGGCAGUUAUCUCAGUUGGGGAUACUUGAUGUUUCAUCAAAUAAACUUGAAGGGCAGAUUCCACUGGAGAUUGGCAAUUUAACGUUGCUGUUCAACUUGAGCCUGGGUAAUAACCUGCUCCAAGGAAGUAUACCUAAAGAUAUUGGAUCGCUAAAGAAUUUGGAGUACUUAGAUUUAUCAUCAAACAACCUAAGUGGGAUGAUACAAGGGUCAAUUGAACAUUGUCUCAAGCUUCACUUCCUGAAUUUGAGCCAUAAUCACCUCAAUGGCAGCAUACCAAUCGAACUAGGAAUGUUGGUAAACCUACAAGAAUUGUUGGAUCUAAGUGAUAAUUCAUUUGCUAGUGUCAUUCCGAGUCAGCUGGGUGGUUUGAGCAUGCUCGAAGUUUUGAAUCUUUCACACAAUGCAUUGAAAGGUAGCAUCCCACCAUCAUUUCAGCGCAUGCUCAGCCUCCUAUCCAUUGAUGUGUCAUUCAACAAAUUGGAAGGGUCAGUGCCACAGAGUAGAUUGUUUGAAGAAGCUCCAAUCCAAUGGUUCAUGCAGAAUAAGAAAUUGUGUGGUGUAGUGAAAGGUUUGCCCCCUUGUGACCUUAAUCAAAGUGGUGAACAAAAAAAGAAGCCCAGAGCUAUUUUACUAGCUAUAAUACCUGUUGUUGUAUCUUUUCUGUUUAUCAUGGUACUAGUACCUUUGCAAUGUAAAACAAGGAAAUCCAAGGUGGAAAGCGCAAAUGAAUUGCAACAGACAAAUCUGUUUGCCAUCUGGAACUUUCAUGGAGGAGAUAUGUACAGGCAAAUUGUUGACGCCACAGAAAAUUUUAGUGACGCUCACUGCAUUGGAAUUGGAAGUAGUGGGUCAGUAUAUAGAGCUCAGUUACCAACAAGCGAGAUAUUUGCAGUAAAGAAGAUUCAUACAAUAGAAGAUGAUGAGCUAUUUAAUCGUGAAAUAGAUGCCUUGAUGCAUAUUCGGCAUCGCAAUAUUGUGAAGUUAUUUGGCUACUGUUCUGCUACUCAAGGAAGAUUUCUUUUGUAUGAAUACAUGGAACGAGGAAGCUUAGCAGCAUCUUUAAGGACCAAGGAAACUGCAAUAGAGUUGGACUGGACAAGGAGGUUAAAUAUUGUUAAGGAUGUGGCCCAUGCUUUGUCUUACAUGCAUCAUGAUUGCUUUGCGCCGAUAGUCCAUAGAGAUAUAACAAGCAACAACAUUUUGCUUGAUCUGGAAUUUAGAGCAUGCAUCUCUGAUUUUGGUAUUGCCAAAAUAUUAGAUGUGGAUGGGUCAAACUGCACAAGGCUUGCCGGGACAAAAGGAUAUCUUGCACCAGAGCUUGCAUACACAACAAGGGUGACGGAGAAGUGCGACGUAUACAGUUUUGGAGUGCUCGUGCUCGAGUUGUUCAUGGGACAUCAUCCGGGUGACUUUCUUUUGUCCCUCUCGUCCAUGGACAAGAGAAGUACAAUACCCAAGGAUUUGCUGGACACCCGGCUCCCAUUCCCUAAAGCUGAGAUUGCAAAUGAAAUAUUCAAAGUGAUUGCCAUCGCUAUUCGGUGCAUAGAACCUGACCCAUCACACCGUUCGACAAUGCAGGAUGCAAUCAAGGUGUUCUCUCCAGAUGAAGGGCCCGGUAAUCUUGAUUACCUGCACACUGACAUCGUCAUCCUUGCUUGUGGUCUUGAAUGUUCUUAG